UCCUAAUGUGUGAAAAUGAAGACCCAACUAACUACGAUUUGCUGUUUAAUGUUAUUUCUGGCCACAGAAUGUUCUCAUUAUAGAAUCCAGAUCCACAGAAAAGAUAGAGAUAAACUUCAACAUCCUGAAGAGAAAUCCAAGACGGGAAGGAUACAAGAGAAAUGCCUUGGACCUUGCAUCACUUCAUUCAACUGUAGCCAGCCCUGUGCUCAGCCCUUUCGUGGAGAAAUAGGAUAUACAUGUAGUCAAAACAAGUGGCAAAAAUCAACUGAAACAUGCACCAGCCUUUCUGUGGAAAUAAUUUUUAAGGACUUAAAUAGCGCGACGCGUCUCUCCGUCGCAGCACCCUCUAUACCUCUGCACGUUCUCGACCUUCGCGCUCCAGAGCCCAUAGAGAGCGUAGCGCAAGGGAUCCGCAAGAACUGCCCCUGGGACUAUGCCUGCAUAAUCGAGGUGGUGAAGUCCUCGGAAGCCACCUCUGGAAACAUCGCAUUCAUUGUGCAGUUACUAAAAAAUAUUUCCACAGACUUGCCUCAUAAUGUUACUCAAGAGAAAAUGAAGAGCUACAGCGAAGUGGCCAACCACAUCCUUGACACAGCAGCCAUUUCAAACUGGGCUUUUAUUCCCAACAAGAAUUCCAGCUCAGAUUUGUUGCAGUCAGUGAAUGAUUUCGCUCAGCAUCUCAACAUCCAAAAUGAAUCUGAGAAUAUUGUGGAUGAACCCUUCAUUCAGACAAAGGGGUUUCACAUCAGCCACAACACAUCAGAGAAGAGUUUCAGAUUCUCCGGGAACAUGUACAAUACAACAGAAGGUAUCUUAGGAGUGAUAGAAAUUCCCAAGGAGGAACUGAGGAAGCUACUACCCAAUACAUCCCAAGCUAUCAGCAUAGCAUUUCCCACCUUGGGGGCUGUUCUGAAAGAAGCCCACUUGCAAAAUGUGAGUCUUCCCAGGCCGGUAAAUGGUCUGGUUCUUUCCGUGAUUUUACCAGAAAGAUUACAGCAAGUCUUCCUCACGUUUGAGAAGAUCAACAAAUCCCAGAGUGCCAGGGCUCAAUGUGUUGGCUGGCACUCCAGGAAAAGGAGAUGGGAUGAGAACGCAUGUGCAAAGACCUGGGAGAUGAAGAACAGUGUGAAAUGCCGCUGCAACUACACCAACGCAGUGAUGUCUUUUUCCAUUCUAAUGUCCCCCAUAUCUAUAGACGACAAAAUCCUGGACUACAUCACCUGCAUUGGGCUCAGUGUCUCCAUCCUUAGCUUGGUUCUUUGCCUGCUCAUUGAAGCUACAGUGUGGUCCCGGGUUGUUGUGACAGAGAUAUCAUACAUGCGUCACGUAUGCAUUGUGAACAUAGCCGUGUCGCUCCUGACAGCUAAUGUGUGGUUCAUCAUAUCCUCCAACUUUAGCAAAAAGGCCCAGGACUACAAAUGGUGUGUUGCAAUGACAUUUUUUAGCCACUUUUUCUACCUCUCUCUGUUUUUCUGGAUGUUCUUCAAAGCACUGCUCAUCCUCUAUGGAAUAUUGGUCGUUUUUCAUAGGAUGAUGAAGUCCCGCAUGAUGGCCAUUGGCUUUGUCAUUGGCUAUGGGUUCCCGCUGAUCAUCGCUGCCACCACAGUUGCUAUCACAGUGCCAAAGAAAGGCUAUACGCGACAUGAUGCCUGUUGGCUUAACUGGGACAAUACCAAAGCCCUUUUAGCAUUUGCCAUUCCAGCCUUGGUCAUUGUGGCUGUAAAUCUUCUUGUGGUUUUGGUUGUUGCUGUCAACACCCAGCGGCCCUUUAUUGGCAGUUCCAAGUCUCAAGAUGUGGCCAUAAUUAGGAGGAUCAGUAAAAAUGUUGCCAUCCUCACCCCACUGCUGGGACUGACCUGGGGUUUUGGAAUAGCCACCCUCAUAGAUGGCACGUCCUUGAUAUUCCACAUAAUCUUUGCCCUGCUCAAUGCUUUCCAGGGGUUCUUCAUCUUGCUGUUUGGAACCAUUAUGGAUCACAAGAUAAGAGAUGCUUUGAAGAUAAAGAUGUCUUCACUGAAGGGACCAUCCAGAGUAGCAGAGAAUGCAUCGUUAAGCCCAACCAAUGGAUCUAAAUUAAUGAAUCGUUGAGGAUGAGAUAGCGUCCACUGUUUUGCACAGUCUCCCCAUUUCUCAUGGACUCUCUGUGUCCUGGACUGAGAGCUGAGCUCCAGGAGAAGACGGGUUGGAAUGAGAAGAGACUAUUAUGCUUUCUUGGGAGACUUUCUCGUUUUGCCUGCAGCAAAACGAGGUCUCAUGGUGGAAAUGUUUGCUGAGGAAACUGAGGUUACCAUCUGGUGAUUAGGCUUUAUUUAAGAAAGUGGAUCUACUGACCCUUUGACCUACCAUUGACCUGCAAGUGUCUGGCUUCUUGGUCAAUCCUGGCAAGAUUAAGACCUACCUGCACAU